ACUUAUACAUAUUUUACUCCAAAAGCCCCUUCAAAUGGAAAACAUGAACGAGAAAAGGAGGUUCUAAAAAAGCUUCCAAAAUUUCUCAAGGCUACAAGUGUUUUAGGAACAAGAAUAUUUGAAACUGAAAGUGGCAUUGAUAAGUUUGAUCUGUCAUCAAUUGACAUCAGUGGUUCAGUUAGCGAAAUGAAAACUAGUUUUCAUGACUAUAUUAAUGUAGUGUUAGCCGCAUUUGUUAUGAAAUAUUCGAAGGAACUUGGGGACCCACAAAUUGAUCAAAUACUUAAUACCAACAACGCUACUGCCUCGCUUAGAAAAGUUUUGUUGCUAGUUAGUGAACAUGGACAUACUUUAUUUGUUGGAGUUGAUGAAUAUGAUGCUCCAGCUAAUAACCGUGCAUUCACAGGCCCAAUUAUUGGGUUGGACGAAGGUACACUCAAGCAUGUUGAGAAAAUUGAGAUGUUUUUUAAGAGUAGUUUUUUUGCAGUACUUAAAGAAGGAUGUGGAAGCAUUUGUAAUGAUCGCGGUUCUGUCAUUAGCAAGUACUUUGUAACUGGUGUUACUCCUGCAUUUCGCAAUGGUAUGAGCCCCCUUCAUGAAACUGAAAUCGUCUCGGGUGAUCCUGAGCUGCAUGGGGUAUGUGGUUUUACCGAAGAGGAAGUUACAACUAUAGUUCGGCACUACCUUCGCACAGACAAAGAAGAAACGGACAAAAUCAUUAAUUCCAUGCGGAAAUUAUACAACGGAUAUUAUUUUGUUAACACUGCUUAUGACAAGUCCGAUCCGCAACCACCUCCUCUAUACAACCCACAGUUUGUAUUCCAUUACAUCCGUACGCUUGAAAGCACCGGAGUCGUCACCACGCCUAAUGUAUAUACUGCGGUCCGUUCUACACACAUUCUGAAAUCUAUAGCCGACAUUGGAGAAUUCUCUGCAGACGAUCUUGUCCAGCUAGUUAUUUCUGGAUUUGUUGAAUCAGAUAUCAUUACUGAAUUUGGAUACGCUGAUCUUCUUAAUGUUGGAAAGGAAAAGAGCAUCACUUGGUCUCUUCUUUUUUACAUGGGACUCCUUACUCGUGGUCCAGAAGAAGGAAGUUUACGCAUUCCAAAUGACAUUAUCAAAACAGAACUUCGGCUCGUGAUUGAUGGUUCCAAAAAAUAUGGCGAAGGUCGUAAUGGUUUUGUUGAUAUUUUUAUUCCUCCCCAAGUUAUUCGAAGUGUGAGCAAGAGAACUCCUGGCAUAAUAUUAGAAUUGAAAUAUAUCACAUUGGAAGGCCUAUGGAGUGGAGAAACGGCAAAUUGGACAAAAGCAUCUGAUUAUGAUAUAUUGACGGAAUUUAAGAAUCUGUUAUGGAAAAUGCAGUGA